UUUGCAACUUGGCCAAGUACUCGCCGAACAUUUUAGGGUGUGUUCCUGUCGAAACUUUUAAGAGCAUUGGCCCCGAAGAAAAAUCGAGUUCCUUCUCAUCAUCAAUCAAGUUCGUGUUACACGCCGCACACUAGUGACUGAAUGUCGCUCAUUCGAAUAUCGAAAAUGAUAACAUUUGCGUCUUCGUAAUCCUUGGACAUAUUCCAUUUCGUAGGAAUUUAGUGUUUUUGGGGCAAAUUGGGCGGUCAAGUAAAAGGAUUUUGUCCAAUUUUCGGUGGUUGCAGAGUCAAGGACUUGUGAGAGUGGUGACCGUGUGACCAGCAGAAGAAAUCCUCCUUUAGAAGGGAAACGGGUGCUAUAUCUAUCACGAAGUGUGAUGCUGCUCCACGACUUGUCAGCAUCCGAAAAAUUUGUUAUCUGCGUUCUACAAUUGGUUUUCUGUUUUUGUGUAGUUCAGAGUAAUCCUGAUGCGAAACGCUUGUACGAUGACUUGCUGAGCAAUUACAACAGAUUGAUCCGACCUGUCAGCAAUAACACGGACACGGUGCUGGUGAAACUUGGUCUUCGGCUGUCCCAGCUUAUUGAUUUGAAUCUAAAGGAUCAAAUAUUAACGACCAACGUUUGGCUUGAACAUGAAUGGCAAGAUCAUAAAUUCAAAUGGGAUCCUUCUGAAUAUGGUGGAGUUACUGAGCUUUACGUCCCAUCGGAACAUAUAUGGCUCCCAGAUAUAGUACUUUAUAACAACGCCGAUGGUGAAUAUGUGGUGACGACUAUGACGAAGGCCAUUCUGCACUACUCGGGAAAAGUAGUGUGGACGCCGCCUGCGAUUUUCAAAUCAUCCUGCGAAAUAGACGUUAGGUACUUCCCAUUUGAUCAGCAGACCUGCUUUAUGAAAUUCGGUUCCUGGACAUAUGAUGGCGACCAGAUUGAUUUGAAACAUAUAAACCAGAAAAAUGACAAGGACAACAAAGUCGAAAUUGGCAUCGACUUAAGAGAAUACUAUCCCAGCGUGGAGUGGGACAUACUUGGCGUUCCGGCAGAAAGGCACGAGAAAUAUUAUCCUUGCUGUGCGGAGCCGUAUCCUGAUAUAUUCUUCAACAUAACGCUCCGAAGGAAGACUUUAUUUUAUACCGUCAAUUUAAUUAUACCAUGCGUUGGAAUUUCAUACCUGUCGGUCUUGGUAUUCUACCUACCUGCCGACUCGGGCGAGAAGAUUGCUCUCUGCAUCAGCAUUCUGCUAUCCCAGACCAUGUUCUUCUUGCUUAUAUCCGAAAUUAUACCUUCUACGUCGUUGGCUCUGCCUCUUUUGGGGAAGUAUCUGCUAUUCACUAUGAUACUCGUAGGGCUAAGUGUAGUGAUAACAAUUAUUAUACUCAACAUACAUUAUCGUAAGCCAAGCACCCACAAAAUGGCACCGUGGGUGCGGGCGUUUUUCAUAAAAAGACUUCCGAAAUUCUUGCUUAUGCGUGUUCCCAAGGAUUUGCUGCGCGAUUUGGCAGCCAGUAAAAUUAAUUAUAGUAAGAAAAUGUAUAAAUCGAAAUUUGGUGCUGCGUUGAGUGCUGAGAUUCAAUUAAAUUCGGGCGAAUCCAGUCCUGAUUCACUGGCACGAGUUACAAGACGCGGAGGAUGUAAUGGGCUUCAUUCGACAACUCCUACUAACAGGUUCAGUGGGUUAGUCGGUGCACUUGGGGGCGGAUUCAGUGGUCUAAGUGGAUACAAUGGUCUACCAUCCGUGAUUUCUGGAUUAGAUGAAUCAAUGAGUGAUUUAGGACAGCGUAAAAAGUAUCCUUUCGAACUCGAGAAAGCGAUACAUAACGUAAUGUUCAUUCAGCAUCACAUGCAGCGGCAAGAUGAAUUUAAUGCAGAAGACCAGGAUUGGGGCUUUGUUGCUAUGGUUCUUGAUAGGCUUUUCCUUUGGAUUUUCACAACCGCUUCCAUAUUUGGGACAUUUGCAAUUCUCUGUGAAGCUCCAGCUCUAUAUGAUGACACGAAGCCGAUUGACGUUCAGCUUUCAGUGAUCGCUCAACAAAUCUACAACUUAACAAUAAAAGAAAAAUAACGUUCUAAAUAUUUACAUAAUUAAGUAUUCAAUAAAAAAGCUGUUUUCUAUUCACGAGGCUUUGUGGGAGCGGCUUAUGUUUUUUUUGAAAGUGUAUCCAACACCAAUGGUUUUAAUAAAUCACACGUUGUGAAAUAUAAAACUGUA